AUGGCGUCUCAAACGGAAAACGAAUCUAGUGGAGUCAACGAAGGAGAAAAUGGGGGAACGACGAUGAAAGGAGAAGAACCAGUCGGUAACCUAUCUCGAUUUUGCUGUAUUCCACCUGGUUAUACGGGGAAAACCAAGAAAGGACAUCUUAUUUUCGACGCCUGCUUCGAAAGUGGCAAUCUCGGUCGUGUUGACUACAUCACAGAGUUCGAAUACGAUUUGUUUAUACGUCCGGAUACGUGUAACCCUCGAUUCAGAGUCUGGUUUAACUUCACAGUGGAAAAUACAGCUCCUUACCAAAGAGUUAUCUUUAACAUUGUGAACUUUAGCAAGACGAAAAGUCUUUACAGAGAAGGCAUGACACCACUGGUCAAAUCUACAAGCAGACCAAGAUGGCAGCGCAUUCCUGCCAAAAACUGCUUCUAUUAUCGCUGUCCGGAUCAUAGAAAGAACUACGUCUUGUCUUUUGCAUUCGCGUUUGAUAAUGACACCGACGUGUACCAGUUCGCCUACUGUUUCCCGUAUACGUAUUCCCGGUUACAGGGUUAUCUGGACGACAUUGAGAGACGCAGCCUGAGCUAUUUCAAGAGGGAGAUGUUGUGUUUAACAGUGCAACAAAGAAGGCUGGAUCUACUGACGAUUACAAGCCCCGAUAACAUGAACAGCCCCUUGCGAAAAAGGGUCGUGUUUAUUACUGCAAGAAUUCAUCCUGGCGAGACACCAUCCUCAUACGUUUGCCAAGGGCUUAUUGACUUCAUUAUCAGUAACCAUCCAGUUGCCAAAGUCCUUCGUGAAUACCUAGUUUUCAAAGUGAUACCCAUGUUAAACCCUGAUGGGGUGGUGCUGGGGAACUACCGCUGCUCUUUGAUGGGCUUUGAUCUGAACAGGCACUGGCAUGAGCCAUCACCAUGGGCACACCCUACUCUUGUGGCGAGCAAGAACUUACUGAUGGAGUUAGACAGUGACAGUACUGCCCAUCUGGACUUUUAUAUUGACAUACACGCCCACUCCACCCUCAUGAAUGGAUUCAUGUAUGGGAACAUUUACGACGAGGAGGAACGGUAUGAGAGACAAGCAGUGUUCCCUAAGCUCUUAUGUGCAAAUGCAGAUGACUUUUCUAUGUCAAACACUUCAUUUAAUCGCGACGCCAUGAAAGCUGGCACUGGGAGGAGAUUCCUUGGGAGUUCACUGGAUCCUGAAACUCACUGCUACACAUUGGAGGUGUCUUUCUUCAGCUACAACACAAAUAGCACUACCUCUCCGUACACCGAGGAUGGCUACUACAAGCUUGGGAGAAAUGUUGCACGGACCUUUCUUGACUACUACAAGUUGAAUUCCCUUGUUGUGAAAAGUAAAAACAACCAAAAGUCAUCAACACGGAGAGAGAGCAGUGGUGCAUCAAGUCGUUCUAAUGGACAGUCUACUAUAGAUCCAAAUACUCUUCCUUAUCCAAUGAAGUUUAGCUGAGUUUAGUCAUCUAAUUUGCACGUUUUUAUCAGCAAAAUAGUGAGAGCUGAGUAUUUUCCUUAUAUUAUUUGAUCUUGAUAUAAUAGGCUGCAUGAGUUAGGGUCUAAAAUAGAUUGCUGCUAGUGAAGUACAGGUGUGUUAUUCACUAGCACUUAUCUCGGUUUCUCAUAGAGCAUAGCUGGGAAGAGUUAUACAAAAACAGACGAAAGAGAAUUUUAAAAUGUUUGGAAAUUUGUUUGGUAAUAACACUACUAGAAAUUUCACGGAUUAAGUUUGAUUAGGUACAAAACUUUCACUGGAUAAUAUUAACUUGGGUGCUUAAUUAAGGAUAACAUUUGUCUUGGUGCUAGGCCUAAAGAAUUAAAACACACAAACAGGUGUUGUUAAUGUAUGAAAGAUCUAACACUGAACUGAUCAGCAUCCUGUUUCUCCAAAGAUGGUGAUGGCAGGCAAUGUCACAAGCAGACAAAAAAUACAUCGUAGAUAUAUUGCAUAGAUAUAUAAUAUAUGAAAAAAGUGAGUUAUUGUUUACAUUAUAAUGGUAGACAAUGAAGUCUGGAAAUAUUGUAGUAUGUAGAAUUUUAAUUUAUUUAAAACUGUUUAUUAAAACAAAUCUAAUAAAACACGAACUUCUCU